ACUCGGAUUACAGCGUAACAGGAAAUGGAUGGACCCUGACGUUCCAGAGUCACGUCGCUGCAAUGCAACAAGUCAACAUCAGCAGCACGACAAUUCCAGCAGGUGCAUCCCAUUUCUUGGUCUAUUCCGGAAACGCCAAUGGCGAGAUGGCAUCACCCCUUUCUGCGCCCAUCCGUGACAUGUAUGUCUUGCCCAGCCCAUUGUCAUUAAGCUUUACUGAUAGCUCCAGCACCACACACUUUGUGUCUGGCUUGCUGCAGCUUGGGGAGCCAUCUGAUGUCAGCGACAUCCUGCGUUCCUUGACUUGUGAGCUCAGUGAGCUAUGUUCCGGCAAUUGGGGGAGCAACUUUUUGUCGUUGCUUCCCAUCGCGGCAGAAUCAGUUGCAGGGCCAGAGCAGGUGGGUGGUUUCGGGCUUCGAUUCGACGGUUCGUUCUCAGCAGAGACGAUCGGCUUCAUGGUCUGUCUGCAUCACGCCUGCUAUGACGACACUGUGGCCUGGACUGGUCCGGGAGGAUAUCUCAGGUCUCAGGCAGACUGGAGCAUUGCGGCCUGGAUCAACCCGAGCGUGCAACCAGCGCAAAGCGGAUCUUAUCUCCUGUACAAAGGCUCCACUGACUAUGGCCUUUUUGUCGAGUUCUCACUGUUUCUGAACAGCGACUUCACGCUAUCUUGUGGCUUCUUCGAGUCUGAGAGUGUCUCUUGCACUUCAACGCAGGCAUUGACUCGGAACACGUGGACACAUGCGCUGUGUACCCGGGAAACUGCUGGCUCGGUGACAGAACUGAGGCUUUACUUGAAUGGAGCACUAUCGAUGAGCUGCACAAGCCAACUAGCAACGACCUGGAGGACCUACGGUAAAUUGGUCAUUGGCGGUGGACUGCCUGGACAAGCAGAUGAUACUUUCUUUGAUGGAUUGCUGGACGAAGUUGCCAUCUUCGAGUACAGCUUGACAGCAGCCGAAGUCAGUCUUCUGUAUAACGGUGACCGUCUCAGCACUUGGCUUCCCGGAGAGACGACCAGCAUGCAGUUGAAUACAGCACCCCGACCUGGCGCAACAACUUUGGUGGCUGUUUCCGUUGGGGAAUUUGUGGAAAGUGAGCCGCUGGUGAUUCCUCUGGUGGACCUUGCAACACCGGUGAAUCUUCCACUGGCCGUGAGCUUCACCGAUACAGAUCCAACAGCUGGCAGCUAUGGUGGGGUUGUCCUGGUCACCCGAGCCAGCGACGAGUCAGACCUCUCAAGGUAUGUAGCAUACUGGGGUUCCAGCGCCACCACGAAACUGACGGAUUCCCUCGAACUGGGGGAUGUGGAUGUGGCGAAUGAAUCAAGCUCUGAAGUCUCCAUUCAUCUGCCCGCUGGAUUGAUUCCUCCAGGAGGAGCAAACCAUAUUCUUGUGGUGUCCUCCAUUGACAUUCCUCCUGCAACUGGUGAAAGCUCGCAGGGUGUGGGAGUUCUUCUAAGUGACUAUGCACCUCCCAGUGUCACGGCGCAGGCGGUCAGCUUUUCAGAUACCAAUCCAGUGAUCGGGACGGUCUCCGGGAAUGUCCUCGUCACAGGAGCCAGCAAUGAGAACGGGAUUGUCUCCUACAAUCUUUACUUUGCUGACAGCACAACACCCUUGGAACUCAUCGUGAAAUUGCCGGUGGCCUCCGGGACGCUUUCUCAUACGUUGACCGACGUGACCAUUCCUGCCAAUGCGAACAGCAUUCUUGUCCUGCUCGAGGGAACUGCAGGAGAGGCGGCAACUGGCGUGCGGUCCUCCCUUGAUGCUCUUGAUGCUCCAAGUGGCAUUGAAUUCCAAGAUCUCGAUCCACUUGCGGGCACCAUACAAGGCGUGGUUACGAUACAACGAGCAGUCUUGGAGGUCAACGUCCAAAGCUAUGAAGUCUACUGGGCACAGGGCAGCAGCCAGCUCCAGCUGCUACAAUCUCUUCCAUUGAGCUCCCUCCCAGUGACUCUGGUCAUGGAAAUGUACGAUUCAUUUGGAGAUGGUUGGAAUGGUGCCGACUACAACAUCUAUGGAGCAAGUGGAACGCUCCUUGCAAGCGGUACGCUCUCAGCAGGUUCUGAGGGUUCAGCAAGCAUCACAGAUGUCCCGGCGGCUGAAACGCUGAGCAUCACAAUUACAGAGGGCUCUUGGCCAAGCGAGGUCUCUUGGAUUCUGAAAUAUGAGAGUGGUGGGAUAGUCUUGAGCUCUGAUGGCUCCCAAGGAACCUUCCCUGUUAACUUUGAAUUCACAAUCAGUGGUAGCACGGGUGGCACUGGCACCGGUAGUCGCCCCUUUGAAGUGGAGAUUGCAGCUGGCACGACUGCACCUGCUGGUGCUGAUACCUUGCUGGCCUUCUGCGCUUUUGAAGGUGGGGCGUCUUUGGCGGCCACCACACCUUUGGUGGACUGGUCACCACCUUCUGGGUAUCCCACUUCGCUGGCCUUCUCAGACACAGAUGGAGGGGUUGGAAUCAUUGCUGGGCAGAUCACGGUUGGCCGGGCCACAGAUGAGACUGGAAUUUCGGAGUACAAGAUCUAUUUUGGUACAAGUUCUUCCAGCAAAGUGCCAUCUGCCCAAGCCAUCGCAAGCAUCAGCACCUCAGUUGAUCCCUUGGUUGCAACCUUGCCUGCCACCACAGUGCCCACGGGUGCCAGCUACCUCUUGGCAUUCAGCUCUUCUUCGAGCGGCGAGAAUCCUCAGAUGGCUUUCCUAGAGAUUAGUGAUCUACAGCGACCAACCAGUCCUCCAUCGAACGUCAUCUUUACCGACAUUGAUCCAGUCGAAAAUAGCUAUGCAGGACUGGUUUCGUUCAGCCGCGCGCAGGAUGAGGCAGCCAUCACGGAUUAUCGCUGCUACUGGGGCUCCAGCUCGUCCGCUCCAGAUUUCCGCUUCGCCGUUUUGGGAAGUGUAGCAGUUUCCGAUGUUUCUGCCAUCCAGAUCAAUAGCACUGAAGCACCUGCUGGGAUGACUCACCUGGUGGUUGUCAGUGCCAAUGGAGCUUAUUCCAUGUCUACAGGCAGUGGAGUCUUACCAGUGGACUACGCCACGGUCACGGUCAUACCCUCCAGUUUUGAGUUUCUGGAUACGGAUGUUUUGCUUGGAAGCAUCGGUGGAGUGGCGACAAUUGGUGCGGCUUCAGAUGAAUCCUCAGUGGUGGACUAUGCGGUCUACUGGGGUCUCACCUCCACCGUGAAGAUGCCAGGUGGAAGUCCCGGUUUGAAUGCUGAGUUCUUCACCAUGACUUCAUGUCCAGCCACUUCCUCCUUUGUGGAUUUCUCCACCUUGGGCAGUCCCUACUUGACGCGACAUGAUAAUGUGUCCCAGUACAGCUCAUCCAGACCUGGCGGAAGUUUCUCCACAUGGCCAGGCCUUAGUGGAAGUGAGCUCUUUGCGGCUCGAUGGACUGGUUGGAUUCAAGUCAUUUCGGCAGCAAGCUACUGGAUAGAAGUGGUGGCGGAUGAUCAAAGCAAGCUUUUUGUGGAUGGUGUUGAAGCAACAGGAAUGUUUUCUGAGUAUUCUGUGCAUCUCACCUCAGGUUUCCAUGAGAUAGAGCUUCAGUAUUUCCAGUGUUUUGGCAGCUCAUACCUAUCUGCCCUUGUGUCUGGUCCUGAUACUAACUACAUGUACAAAAGCUUGUGGAGCUUUGCACGAACUGGUGUGAGAGAACAAGCUCCAGUGGCAACUGCGCCCAAGACGGGAUCGACUGUGGCUGCAACAAUCCCAGGAACUGCGAUUCCUGUGGGGGCAACUUAUCUCGUUGCCUUUGCCCGUGCAGCAGGUGGUCUCGACUCCGUUUUCUCCAUCGGAACUGACUUGGUGGAUCUUGUGAAGCCAAGUGUCACAGCGGGCACCUUGCACUUCAGUGAUGCCGAUCCCUCCUACAACAUGAUUCAAGGGGUCCUUACCAUUGGUCGUGCGCAAGAUGAAACAAAUCUGAACUUCUACAAGGUCUACUGGGGAUCCAGCGAAACCCAAAUCGUCGACAGUACCACACGGCGUCUUCAGGCAAGCGGCCUAGGUCUGGUACCCUCGUGCAGUGGGGUUACUUGCCCACAGAUUGCUAUCGAUGUUGGCACGAAUGCCAAUGAAUGGAUAGUGUCACGUGGGACAUACGGAAACAAUGAGCAAGCCUUCAUCACUUUGACGGGUCCUGCGGAAGUUGAAUUUACGAUGCUUUCCACAGAGACCUGCUGUGACAAGCUCUUCUUCCCAAAUCCCACAUCACCCGUCAGCGGCUACACAACACCUUCUCUCAUCAGCUUACGAGAUGGGGUGCAUUCCAUUGAGUGGUACUCUGAUUACAGCAUUCAAGGCAAUGGCUGGAGCUUUGUCUACAGAUACUUAGGCUCUGCAUCCAAUUCGCCAGGACUCGUUGCCAUGAUCCCAAAGCCUUCGACUGCUCAAGCCCUUGCUGUCUUGAUCGAGCAACAAGCGAUGGCUGGAACGCACUUCAUUGUCAAAACGGCCUACGACUCCACAGAGAGUGAUAAUUCGGUGGCGAUUGAAGUUGUGGAUUUGGCACCCCCCGUGGUGACUGUUGGUGAGGUAACUUUCGUUGACACCAACCAUGCAGCUGGAGUCAUCAGUGGUAGCGUUACCAUUGCGGCCGGAUCGUCAGAGAUCACGGGCUACAACGUCUACUGGGGGAGGGACAGCAACAACACGAUUGCCAUGGGCAAUCCUGGUCUUUUGGGCGAGUACUUCUAUUUGUCCAAUGCUCCUUUCAGUAUGCCAACCUUCCCCUCUUCACCAGAUGUGGUUCAGGUUGAAGUGCAAUUGGAUGUAGCAGAGACGACGACCACUUGGCCCGGCUUGACCAGCUCAGAGCUCUUUGCUGCCCGCUGGACAGGCUUUAUUGAUAUCGCGACUUCAGGCACUUAUUCCUUCACGUUUCCUGGGUUUGGCUAA